CUCAGCAGCUGCUUCAGACUGGAAAGUCCCUGUCAAGGUGCAUUUCAGGGAGGGAAAACUGCGGCCAGCGCUGCCCUUUUAAAUGACGGCCUAUGCUGCAUCCUUCGCCUCGUUUCCUUUAUACAGAUAUACCAUUUGGGUGUACUGUCCGAGCCGCUGUUUUGCUGCUUGAGUGAGUAGAUGCUCCCAGUCCGGGCUAGCGGCUGUUAGCGGGCUAGCUCUUUGUGCGGCCAGCUCGAGCUGAGCGAUGUGUUGUUGCUGCUGCUGAGAGACAGGACAGGACAGCCCUCCCGACGACUGGGGGAGCACAGCCCUCAGCUGUGGAUGGAAGUACGCCCUCUCGACAGCUCCGUGUGCUCCUGGCAGUCUCAGUGAAGCCCAGCCCUAGCGAGGCGACACAAGCUGCAGGGAUUAGUUUCACUGAAGAGGAAGGAGAUGGGAAACUGUCUGAAAUCUCCCACCUCGGAUGAUAUUUCUCUGCUACACGAGUCUCAGUCGGACCGGGCCAGCUACGGAGACGGUGCUGACCAUGAUCAGGAGCCACCGCCCCCUUAUCGGGAACAGAUCCAUGUGCCUGUCUACCACCCGACGCCCAGCCAGGCCCGACUGGCCACACAGCUGACAGAAGAGGAGCAGGUCCGCAUCGCCCAACGCAUCGGACUCAUCCAGCACCUUCCCAAAGGCGUGUACGACCCGGGGCGGGAUGGCUCUGAGAAGAAGAUCAGAGAGUGUGUCAUCUGUAUGAUGGACUUUGUCUAUGGAGACCCCAUUCGGUUCCUGCCCUGCAUGCACAUCUACCACAUGGACUGUAUAGACGACUGGCUGAUGAGAUCCUUCACCUGUCCCUCCUGCAUGGAGCCAGUGGACGCUGCACUACUUUCCUCUUACGAGACCAACUGACACAGACACUGACCACACACACACACACACACACACACACACACACACACACACACACACACACACACACACACACACACACACACACACACACACACACACAGACACUAUAGAUAAAAGCUUCCACCUUAAUAACUUAUAUCCUGGAUUAGUAAGAUGGAGAUAACAAAGCAGUGAUCAUUAAAAAAAAAAAAUCACAGGAUGAGUCCUUUGUGUGAGCGAACGUGCUGUAUGUUGUGUGUGUGCGUGUGUGUGCGUGUGUGUGCGUGCGUGUGUGUGUGUGUGUGUGUGUGUGUGUGUGUCUGCGUGCACAUAAUUUCUUCAGUUGGCCUGCUGGACAGGACUGUAUCUGAGAAAGGACUGGAGGAUUUAUGAUGAAGAUUUAUGGUGGUAAGGAUGAGCAGGAGUCCAAAAUGGAAGUUGAAAGUCAGAAAGCGUGACAGCAAAUCAAGAGGGGUGGAUGAUUUUAUGAAACCUUCUUUUAAAUAUGUCAUACACACAGUAUCAUAAAAAAGAGUCUAAGACAACAGGAGGGACAUCUAAUCUCUACUGUUAGGCUGCAAAUUGUGUUUCCUGGACUUCUGAUACCCAGCGACUCUCAUAACCCAAGAAAAGUGCGAAGAAAUCUCUUUCAGAAGAUAUGCCUGUUGCAAAAACUACCACAAAUGCAGACAAGACUGUUGGAAAUGGACAUAAAACUGGAGACUAGAGAUUUUGCCACCAACAUACAACAGGACUCCUCUUGGCUUCAGCACACAAGCCUUGAGUUGUAUCUCUGUACAGAUCUUACCUGUCAAACAAAUAAAUAAAUGAAAAUAAGAUUUGUCGAUAGACUGACUGAUUGAUUGAUUGGCCUGUGGCUUUGUAAAAUCUGUUCCUUAUUUUGUCACUCAACACAAGGGCUUGAACCAGUGUUAACUAACAACACAGACGUGACCUGAGGAAAUUCAGUGUGCGUGCAUGUUAUUAAUGUGAUGGAGAGCUGAUGGCCUGUUGCUGUUGGGUUUCUGCUUCAUGGCUUUCUCACUCAGUGAGAGCUCAGAUUAUGGGCUGUAGCACAAGUCAAACAGUUGAACAAACCAGUGAUGUUAGAUAUUUGCACUUCCCAAUCACACUUGUGACAAGAGGUCAUAUGCAUUUAACCUAUAUGUCAAUGUAAAUCAUCUCAUGUGCUUUGUAGACAUCAUUAGUGUUGCAAUGACUGAAGCAGGAGUCUGUUCCCUAAUUUAAGGUGCAUUAACCAAACUACUAAUUUCAAGGGUAUCCCACUUAUUUUCUUUUGGUAAAUCAUUUUCUACAGAAAUUUUAGCAUAUUUAACAUGAUGGUGUCGGUAUGUGACAGAAAAAAACCUGGCUAUGGGUAACGCAUGAGUGCACAUGACUGAAGACCUGAACAGUCGGUAUUAGUAGUUCUUUUAAUUUAACAUGUAUUUUUAUGUAUAAAUUCGAUAUUACCCAAGUCACCCAGUUCAUUGUGAAAGCACAAAGAUUCCAUUGCUCAAUUAUGUUUUAUGUCCCUUGCCAACAUAGGACCGAGCAGGUAAUUAAAAAUCCUCCAAGAAGAGAUUUAAGCUUUUUGUUGUGGGCAUCAUACAGAUCAAACACAGUCUAAAAACAUGCCUUUAUUGAUCUGUGUAUGCUCGCAUUCCUGCAUGCACAUUUUCAAAGGUUCUGCGGCCGUCUGGACUCAGCACCUUAGUUCUCGCACAUUACUUUAAUAUAUUUUUGUCUUUAUGUUGUACAUUGUCCUCCAUGAUCAAGAUGGAGCUUCAUGGCCUUAAUAGGUUAUACAUGAGAGAGAUGGUGGUGUGAGCUGCUAAAAUAUGAGCAAACUCUAGUCAACAUUAGGAAAAUAUGAAGUGAUGGUGAUUAUGCACAAAGUGUUGAGAUGACAAAUGCUUUUGCUCAGCUUUCAGGUAUUGUUCACGCCAAACUCUUCUACUGCAUUGUCACAAAACUAAUAACUGAAUUGUAAGUGUAUCAUUGUGAUUGGGGUGCCUCUGUGUCAUUAGCUUCCACCUCUCUUCUGCUGUUAAAUCCCAUUUACGCCCUGUUCUGCAAGGCCUAACCCAGACGUGGUUUAGCAAUUGAGGAAAAUAGGAAUUUGAUCCACACCUACUUUUUGCAGAAGAGAAACUGUCAUGGUUGGGUCAGGCUUGCUCAACACUCAUCGUCUGUUCCUCAAACAUAUCCUGGACCAUUCUGAACAUGCACGUUGACAAAAUGCUUCCCUGUGUAUAUUUUACUUUUAACAUUGAUAUAACUGCACCAUAUGUUGCAUUAUCACAGGACAGAGUAGUUGUUGGGCUUUGACUUGAUGUCAAGAGAGACAGGGAUGGUAAGUGAGAUCUCCUCUGGAGUGGCUUUUUGUUUUUUCCUUUUCUGAUAAUUGAAUGGGGGAUGUAUGAUGUGUGAUUAUUAAUGGAUGCUUGUAUAUCUGUUUCUUGUUUGUAAGCAUAAAUAUGCCUAUGCUCUGUACUAAAGGUAAAUAAUAAAUGGACAUU